AUGGAUGAAUCUCAACUAACAAAAAAUUCUGAAACAAGUGUCGUAACCACGAUUUACACACAAGCAGUCCCUGACACGAGUGGGCAGGAAAUUUUGUUAACAUUUUUAUCAGACUCCUUACCACAACGAGAUUUAGUGAAUAACGACUGGAGUAAAGAUUACCUGAAUAGACUUACGUCACUAUCAUUAGAGUCACUUAAACACGAACCAAUACUAGUCAAAGAUGAACAAUCGAAAAUACAAAAAGAGUUAGCUGAGCUUUCCUUUCGGGAGUACAAGUCAUGUAUUCACGCUAAUACGUGUUCAACCGAGAUCAAUUCCUCUCUUGAUAAUUUAAAUUUGCAUUUAUUGACAUUAAUGACAACAAUUCCAUUAUUAGAAAAAUCAUGUACUUCCUUUUCACAACAAAUAAGUCAGAAUAUUCAACAACGCGAUAAGAUUAAUACAAUUUUGGAGCAUCACGAUAAUUUGCUAGAAAUUUUAGAAAUUCCACAAUUAAUGGAUACAUGUGUUCGGAAUGGUCUUUAUUCUGAAGUAAUGGAUCUUUCUGCACACGUUGCGAGAUUAGUCUCAAGGUAUUCUACAAUCCCAUUAAUUCAACAUAUUGAACGAGAUGUGAAACAGACAAUGCAACUCAUGUUAUCAAAAUUAAUAACUCUCUUGAGUCAACAAAUAAAACUACCAAGCUGUCUAAAAGUAAUUGGUUAUCUCAGACGUAUGGAGGCGUUUGAUGAGGCUGAGUUAAGACUAGUGUUUUUGCUUUCUAGAGAUGCUUAUUUGAGAUCAUUAAUUCGUACUAUUGAUAAGGAAAAAAAAGAUCCUGUUCAUUACUUGAAAAAGUAUAUUGACAUAUUUAGAGAAAAUUUUUUCGAUAUUGUUACGCAAUAUCGUGCAAUAUUUUCUGAUGAAGGCGGUGGUUUGGCAUCAACACCUAUAUAUUCAUCAUUUAUGAUACCUCCUACACCAUCAUCUCCUUGGAUGUCGUCUUCACAGUCGGAUAUAAAUGAUAAUUUAUUGGGCAGACGUACGAUGACUGCAGCAACUGCCAUUUCUGAUUAUACAAUUCAUAUUCUUGGUCAAUUAACUUCUGUUCUUGCGGAAUUUACUCCUUUAAUCUCUGAUACUUCAUCUCUUUCAUCUAUAUUAACACAACUUAUGUACUGUGGAAUGUCACUUGGGAGAGUUGGUGUGGAUUUUCGACAUCUUGUUACUGGAUAUUUUGAGACUGCUAUUGAACAGAUAAUAAAAAAGAUGAUCACAGGUGGAACACAAGAACUUUGCGACGACUUGAAAGAGGCUUCUAAAAAUGUUGACAUGCCUAGUACAUGGAUGAUUGGUGAUAAAAAAUCCUCUAAUUUAUUGGAUCUACGACCAUCUUUGGCUUCAUCUACAUCGGCAUCUACUACUUCUUCAUUUACUCCUUUAGUUAUUCUAUUAGAUUACCCUCCAAUCGCAUAUUUGGCAAAUGCUUACCUAAUGGCCUUUAAUUCCUUACGUCUGGUAGCUCCAGUGUCUUUGUUUCAUCCACUUGGAAAACACAUUUCGCAAAAUCUUAUGUCCAUCACUGAAUUAUUACGUGAAUAUGGUGAUACUCUUGUUAAGCAUAAUCAUGAUAUCACUGUACUAAAAGGAUUCAACGCAACGUUUGCUCAAAGUUUUGUACCUUUUAUUUAUAGAUGUUUUGUUGAAGGUGUUUAUGGGGGGUUAAUGAGCGGAGAUGAUGUGAAUCAUCCUGAAAUC